AUGGAUGAUAUGUUAAAAUUGAAUGUGACAUUAUCAAGAAAACUGAAGGUGAAAGAAGAGAUACAGGCUGAUUAUCUUGAUAUGAUUGCACACCUCGAAUCCGUUAUUGCUCAGCUGCAGGAGGAAAAGGCAUCAACGAUCUCAAAUGUUAAAGACAGUUCCAUAUUGUCAUACUGUCAAAUUGAUGAUUAUGAAACAGAAGAUGCGGAAGUCACUUCAUUGACUGAGGCGCUUAAUGUUACUAAGAAACGUGUAGCUCAGUUGACGGAACAACUGAAGGCUCUCGAAGAAGUUGCAGCUUAUAAUGAUGAGACUUCUGACAACGAUGAUGAGGUGGCCAGGAGUGCACAGGCAGAUGAAGUUAAACGGUUAAAAGAUGAAAUAUCCAAGGUGAAAACUACUAUGGAACAGGAGAAGUUAAAGCAUUGUCAACGAAUCCGUGAGCUAGAAGAGGGUCGUGAUAGUUUGCAGAAAGAUGUCACUCAACUGGAACGUCAACUGAAGGAAUGUGAAUCAAAACUAUUGGAUACUCAAACUCAGUGCGAGGUCUUGAAAAGCCAACCCGAUUCUACGAGAAAUGAACGCGGGAAUUCUGCAUUUUCUGAACUUGAAGAUCGACGCCGACGUGCUGAAAAACUGAUUGUUCGACAGCGCGAGACGAUCAGUCGAUUGAAAUUAGAUUUGCAUCGUUCAGUAACAGAAAAUAGGCGUAAAUUCAAUGAAUAUAUUGCGAAAAUGGCGAAAAAAUACAACAAUGAUGAUGAAAUAAAUAAAUUAUUAGCUGAAAGAGAGAGUUUACUCCAGGAGAAUGCGAAACUUAUGCAUGAAGUACAAAUUUUGGAAGAAAUAGAGUUGGAUCGGAACUAUGAAAGUGUGAAGGUGGCAGUGGCAUUCAAUCUCGUGGAUGAGAGUCACCAAGAGUUAAUGUCUACUCUAGUAAAUCGUUGUAGAGCUUUAAGAAAAAAGCUUAACAUAACCGUACAAAACAGUAUGAAAAAUCGUCAACGUUUGAUUGAUAUAACUCUAGAGAAAUGUAGACUGCAAGACAAAAUAUGGCACUACACAAAUUUGAAUUCAUCUCUGUCUUCAGAAAUUGCAGAACUUCAGAGUAAACUAGCCAGUUUACACAAUGAAAAACACUGUAGUAAUGAAAAUGCCAAUAUUGAGAAUUCGGAACCAAAGAAAUCUCAUGGAUUGGAUUCAGGUAAAACUGAUAAAAUUUAUUUGGGAAAUCGAGAUCUUAAUAAAGUGAUGACGACGGCUAUAUCACAAGAAUCACAAGAAAAAGAAAAGGCAGAAGAAAAUACUUCAACCAAAUUAUCCCUGAGAAAUGAUGGAGGUUCUACAACUACCACCAGUACUACUACUACUACUACUACUACUACUACUGGUAUUAGUAGAAGUGACAGAAUGGUGGCAUUGGAACAGCCUUCAAGAAUUGUUCAAUGCAAUGAAGUACCACAGGAGUGUACAACUUCGUGAUUUAACAGAAUCUUUCUUCCAUCACCAUCAUCAUAGAUUACGUGGUAAUGCUGAUCGCCAGAAAUGCUUUUCAUUCCUUAGGAGCUAAUAUUAUUAUUAUUAUUUUACAAUCAAUAUUACUUGGUGGGUAAAAACUUUAUUUUCUUUAAACUACUACCCUGACAUACUUUCGACUAUUCUCUGUGCUAUUUUGAUUUAUCUGUUCGUUUUUUUCUUGCAUAUUUUGUGGUACACAUAAAAGAAGAUAAAUAGAAGUUGUAAAUAUCC